AUGCAGCCCUGUUUCCAAGGUUCCCGUGCCUUGAGAAAAGGCGGGAACGAGAUCUGCGUCAGCCAAUCGGCAAGUACUGCGACCUCCGCCACCUCCUCCUUUCCCCUCCCCCUCCCCCCCACCUCCCCAGCCUCUCCCCUCCUCCCCGCGCUUUUCCCAUCGCUUCCCGAUUGUCUCGCAAAAGCUCUCCCCUCGCCAGCAUUGCGACCCACAGCAGCCUUCUCUGACAAUUCUUCUUCCACCUCGCCGCAUCGCCAUUCGCUCUUACGCUCGGAAGCAGCGAUCGAGAAUCGCGAGGCUUCGUGCAGCAAGCGAGCAGCGGUUGUGUCGCGGAGCGGCGAUGGCGAAACGGCGGAAGCAGGCGAUGCGAAGAGCCAGCUGACGAAAACGAUUCAGCUGGGAUCGCUGUUCGGGCUGUGGUACCUCUUUAACAUCUACUUCAACAUUUACAACAAGCAGGUGCUCAAGGUGUUCCCGUACCCGCUCACCAUCACGACGGUGCAAUUCGCCAUCGGCGCCAUUGUGGUGCUGCUGUCGUGGGCCACCAACAUCGUCAAGCGCCCCACCAUCUCCAAAGCGCAGCUGCUGGCCAUCCUCCCUCUCGCCCUCGUGCACACCAUGGGCAACGCCUUCACCAAUGUCAGCCUGGGCAAGGUGGCCGUGUCGUUCACGCACACCAUCAAGGCGCUCGAGCCCUUCUUCUCCGUCACGCUCUCCGCUCUGCUCUUAGGCGAGCAACCCACGCUGCCAGUCAUCCUCGCCCUCAUGCCCAUUGUGGGAGGUGUGGCGCUCGCCUCUGCCACCGAAGCUUCCUUCAACUGGGCGGGCUUCCUGUCGGCCAUGGCGUCCAACCUCACCUUCCAGUCGCGAAACGUGCUCAGCAAGAAGCUCAUGAUCAAGAAAGACGCCUCGCUCGACAACAUAAACCUCUUCUCCAUCAUCACCAUCCUCUCCUUCUUCCUGCUGCUGCCCGUCGCGCUUCUCACAGAGGGCGUCAAGUUCAGCCCCACGCUGCUGCAGGCGCAGGGAGUGGACGUGCAAAGGCUGCUGGUCCGAUCCACGCUCGCUGCUCUCUGCUUCCACGCCUACCAGCAGGUCUCCUACAUGAUUCUGCAGCGUGUCUCCCCAGUCACCCACUCGGUCGGCAACUGCGUUAAGAGGGUCAUCGUUAUAGUCACAUCCGUGCUCUUUUUCCGAACCCCCGUCUCCCCAAUUAACGCCGUCGGUACUGCGAUUGCUCUGGGUGGUGUGUUUGCAUAUUCUCGUGCCAAGUCUUCCAAGCCGAAGACUGCCUAG